AUGGGAAAAUAUCAUAGCAGGCUAGCACGCGCAGGAAGAGAGGAGAAGAGCCGACACCUCCGCGGAACGAAACUCUUCCCAUGCGUUAUAUUCCUCGUUAACCUCCUCGAACAAGUGUAAACCGGCGACCAGAAGCCGUCUUUGACUGGCCAGCGUAUCACGAAGUGUUCACGGUUGUUGUUGUUUGUUUGGUUUGUCGGCUUGUUGGAUAUUUAGCGCGUGUCGCUGUCGAGCGAGUUCGCGGAAGAAGAGGUGGGUCAACAUCGUUCCUUCUUCAGAUACUAAAGCCCAUCGAGAUUACGUUCAGAAGAUAAGCAGAAAGUUUUCAUCAAGCGAGGUUACAGUCGACGGCGGUGUAAAUAUGAGUUACAAGCCGAUCGCCCCCGCACCCACCGGCUCCAACCACACUCCACCAGGAUCAUGUGGCUCAUCUCCAUCACUGGCCUCCUCUUCUAACUUUAGACCAGCAUUUAGUGACUUUGGUCCACCAUCAAUGGGCUUUGUACAACCUGUUAAAGUGUCCCAGGGAUCUACCUAUAGUGAGCUGCUCUCCGUCAUUGAGGAGAUGAGCCGUGAAAUUCGUCCUACCUAUGCUGGCAGCAAAAGUGCCAUGGAGAGGCUGAAGAGAGGUAUCAUCCACACACGUGCUCUUGUCAGGGAGUGUCUAGCAGAGACAGAGCGAAGUGCUCGCACAUAACAUCCACACACACACCCUCCCUCUGGUACUUGUCUCCCCAUUGUUCUGUUUCUCAUAAACAUGCUCCUUCGCUUUGCCAAGCUAUUUACAUCACAUCUUUCUCUUUCUUAUUGACCUUUGUCCAUCAUGCAUAGCUAUCUCCCCAAUGUACACCUCAUGUAGUGUUAAUGUGAUUAGCAUAUAAAUUUUUUUAAGCCCAAUUUUUGCAAUUCUGUAUUUA